GUAUGUGCCCAGCACACAGCACACCAAGCCACAACAAAGGAAAGGAAUCUCUCCAAAGAUUCGAUUCCUCAUCCUUUUGGGCUUUUCAUCGACCCAGCGUAACAGGAAGCUUUGAUCGAUAGAUAGUCCACUAUCUAUCUAGCUAGCUAGUGUUACCAUGUCAUCAUCAUCAGAAGACUCCGCCCGCGAAGCCCGCCGCCAUCGAUUGGCAGAACUGUUGCACAAGGCAGCCGCCAAGGCAGUCCAAGAAGAAGAUCCGUGGUCGUCCUUUAACAUUCCCGGCGUUCCAGCCGAACGCAUCAUUCGACACUUGUACGAUCCACACACGCAGACAUGGUCGACCGACGAAACCAUUGUGAAAAUGGAAUCGACGCCGUUUACACACGGCGCGAUGCGAUUUUGUUAUCGCAUGAAAAAACGCGCGACACCGCCGUUGUCCAGUUCGAAUCAUCGGUUUCAUCGGACGGGUUGGACCACCGCCAGUAAUUAUGUCGCCAAGGCGUAUUGUAGUAAGGACGGCCAAGUGGACACCAAUGCCAAACAGGCGAUUCAAAAUGACAUUUUGCUGCAAUACGAAGCGCAACGAUGGGCGGCGCGGUUCAACGAAUCGGAUCCACCCUCCAAGAUUACCUUUUUGCGUGCGUACGCUAUUGAAUUUCCCAAUCGAGACGGAUCUCCCUGGUUUGCCGUGGAGCGAUUCAUUGCCGGCAAGGAUUCCUACGGUGCUGGAUUUGUCAAACACAAUACCAACUCGGGGUUUGUCGAUACGGAUUUGCGACGUGUCACUCCGCAAGUCUUUAGUGCUCAUUCCUUUUAUGCGUCCAAUGGAAAUCGACUCGUGGCCGAUAUUCAGGGAGUGGGAGAUCUCUACACAGAUCCACAAGUGCUGUCCAGUGAUUAUCGAUUUGGAGAUGGAGAUCUGGGGCCUCGUGGUAUGGCGCUCUUUUUCAAAACGUUUCGACAUUGUGGCAUUAGUGACGCCAUGGGGGUCCCCAUUUUCCCACUUUCCAAAAAUGAACUCAAGCAUCAAGCGAAAUACCACGAUGAUGAAGAAACCGUCUCGGAUGUAGACGCCAAUGAUGAACUAUCCUUUAUGUCACAUGACAGUCAAGACAAUAUCAAUAGUUUCCAAAAACUGGAUUUGAACCGCAUGCGACGACGCGCAUCCCUCAUGCGACCCGAUCAAAUCAUGGAAAAUUCCAUACUCCACGUCAUUCACAAUAAUAACAAUGGCAACAACAGUAACAACAACAAACAACCAGCCGACAUGAUGAUUCCCGAAGAAAAGGAAUGCGAUUUCGAAGAUUCUUCCGUGCGCACCGAGAAACGAUCCAACAUGAGGAACGAACUCCGAGCGUCCAUUCGCAAAUCGCUCCGGUUGGCCAAACCGGUAUCGCCCCAAAAAAUACGUCGCACCAAAUCCGAUGUCGAUGAAGUGGAACAAUGUUUGUUGCGAGCGCGACAAGAUUUUCAAGUUGAUUUGGUGCGCGAUUAUCACCGUCGCGAAUCGGGAGAAUUGCGGACACGAAAAUUCAAAGACAAUGGCGAACCUGAUGAGGAUGAAGAGGAGGCCAAUGGAGGUCCUACCAAAAAGCAAAUUCGACACAAGAGUACUCUGAUUGGAACCAUUUCUCCACCCAUGGUUCUGUCCAAUCAAACAUUGUUCAAUUUGGGAAAGGUGCAUUAUCAAUUGGCGAUUCUCCAUGGAAUGGGCCGCUUCCCAGAAGUGGUGCCGGAUGUGGAAAUUGGAAAAAAUAGUAACAGCAGCAACGGCAGUGAUCCAAACAGCACCGACAAACCACCCCACGAUUCAUUCUCGGUGCUAUUUCAUCUCUCGCAUGCUGCAUCUCUGCAAAAUGCACCCGCCUGUUUGGCACUGGGACGCGUACAUGCGGGAUUGGGAACGCAUGUGUCGGAACUGAUUGACAAUCCGCUCGUUCCAUUGGAUUUUGAAGCGGCCAAGGAGUUGUUGCGACGUGCCAUGGAUUCCAUGGGAGUCAAUGAAUCCGAAAACAGUGAUGAGGAAGGGUCCGGAUUGUUGCUAGUUCCCAUGGCUCCACGCGUCGCGGCGGGGUGCUUGCUCUUCCAGAUUCUCCAGGAUGAACGCCAUGCGGAUGAAUUCUUGACCAUUGAUGAAGACGAAGGUGAAGUGGACGCAAAAAAAGACAACAACAAGGACAAAACCGGCAGUCUCACGGAAAUGAUGACAGUUGCGCAAGAUACGCUCAAGUUGUUUGAGCUCAUGGAAAAACAGCAAGCGGAGGCUGACAAAGCCAAAGAGUCUCUGGCUCGGAGUGGUAAUGUUGCGGGCACGGGCAAUAUGUUGCAUGUGGGAGACCGUGUGCAGGGCGAUUACUUUAUGGAAGGCACGUAUUACCCUGGAACCGUAUUGGAGGUAAAUGCAACCGAGAAGGAUGGUGAAACGCACGUAAUGAUCACUGUACAGUACGACGACGAUGGUUCCUCCGAAGCACUGCCAAGAGAUCACGUCCGAAUGUUGAUCCCACCAACCGCCACCCAAACGACAGUUGGAGGACCAUUGAGUGACGAAGAAGCCUUUGGUGGGACUUCGGAAGAUCAAGAUGAUGAUAUUCCAAUAGAGACGUAUGAAUUGGCAGCGGAGUUGGCAGAACUCAAAGUAGAAGCGGGUGACAAGGAAUCGGCGUCCACUUAUUAUCAGGAGGCUGCAGAAGGCGCCAUGCAGGACAACAAAAUGAAGAUGGCUACAGAAUGGAGUCUAAAGGCAGCCGAACUGCAAGACUAGUAAGAGAAAUUCAAGGAUUGACGGUGAGAGUGGAGUGGUCGCCUGUCUGAAAGUUAACUACCUGUUUAAAGCUAGAGAAUUGUGCUCGGACU